AAUAAAUAUCAAUAUUCCACAAAAUUGUGAUAAUUUGGGAAAAAAAGUACAGGUGGCAUUGUACAAAUCUCUUGAAGCAUAUUGGAAUUCUCUAGCCAAUAAUGAUUUACUACCUACAUUGUUGAAUCCACGUCACAAAAAACUUGAAUUUGCAUAUUCUUUUAAUUGCAAGUUUGUUAUGGAUAUCUUAAAAAAUAUAUAUAAUAAUAAAUAUACUCAAGAUUCUCAACAAACUUUACAAACAAAUUUAACAGAUAUUGUUGAAUUAUAUAAUUUAGACGAUGAAUUAUCUACUAAAUCUCUUAAAAAAAAAUUUUGUUUACUUUCUCAAAAUAAUGAAGAAGUUGAAAAUUAUUUUCAGCUUAAUGAGAUUAAUAUAGAAUUGAAUGCUUGUACUUGGUAG